CGGUAAUAAAAAGAAAGAAAAAUGUCACCUGCCGUAAAAAGUAAAUGCAGAAGAAGAAGCACUGGACAACAAAUCAAUGGCACCACAUAAAUGCUUAUUUUGGUGAUUUGAGUUGAACGCGUCCCCCAGUUUAGAGACAUUUCAAAGCAGCUACUGAUGGACAGCCUCCUCAGUCAGGCCUUAGCAUCCGGUAAACACUAGUAGUAGUCAGCAGUGGCUGGGUAGCUAGCUAGCUGGCUAACAGCAGCUAACUGCAGCUGGUCAAACUUUUCAGCACCGGUGUGAGAAGAUGGACUCAGGUGUUUUCACGACCAUUUCCAAAGAUGACCCUCUACCUGUGGCGUCACUGCGCCUCUUGGUCCCACCUUUCCAGCUCAUGACAGCCUCUAUGUGGCAGGUGCUGAAGAAGCAAGAUGUCAUGAACUACUGGAAAGUAGCAGAGUUUGUCUCUUUGGUAAUGGACAUGGUACCAGAGCUGCUAAUGAACAAGCACAGGACACAACUGAACCUGGGAUUAAGAGCUAGGUAUAUCCUUGAGUUGUGCCGACAUGAACAGCUUGUGGAGCCUGACUUGAUCUUAUCUCACCUGGACAAGAUUAGAUCACAGCACCCCACCCAGGCAGAUUUGAAAGAAUCAAAAGAAGAGGAGGUAGCAGUUAACUUUCUUGAGUUGAUCCAAAAUCUGCUCAAAGAUCCUGAAGAGAGACAAGACUUUUUCUCGGAGGUCUUCCCUGCAGAGUAUGGACCACAGUAUGACAGUGAUUUGCAGAUGCUGUUCUGGGAGUUUCUCUGUCGACUGGCUCAGCUGUUGCCAGUUCCUGAUCUCGAACAAACCGUAUCUUGGCUUGGAGCUGAAUGCUCAGUGAUGAAGGAUUGUGUGCAUUCAGUCUGUGAGCCUACAGACCUGAAAAACUUACUCCAGCACCACAAACACCUGGGGCAUUUAGAGCAACAUGUUCCACCUUCUAGCAUGGGCGACAGCAUCCUCUCUGCCCUCUCUGCACUUGCUCUUAGCAGAGUUGCAGAACAACCCAACCAACCAGGUCCACUGCUGGGCCUCAGUGAUGAAACGCACACUGUAUCAUUUGUGGAUGAUGUAGCAGUUGAAAUAAUCACAGUGACAGAUUAUGCAGAGGUUGAGUUAGGCGCAAGCACCGACAUCGAGAUGGUAAUGGGAGAACACUGCUAUGAAGGAACAGAUAGUAACACAGCGGCUGAAGAUUCGCUAGUAGUGCUUCCUGAAGAGACGACCAGGGAAGAGGUAGAGGAGAGAGAAGUGACUGAAGAGAAGGUUGAAAGUAGUUUGACAAACGUAAUCCAUCCAGAAGUUAACAAGGACAACCCAGGUCCCUCCCAACACAAAAUCACUGUGGGACCUCAUGACUGCCCAGACUGUGAAAAGAAAUUUAAGUUUGCCUCUUCACUAGUCGCCCACAGGGUCAUCCACACUGGUGAACGUCCCCACCGCUGCAAUGACUGUGGUCGCUGCUUCUCUUUCAGGCAGUCCCUCGACAGGCACAGACACACGCACAAAACUGGACGCAAAUACGACUGUGUCAUCUGCGGCGAGACCUUCCUCUCCUUGUCGGCCCGCACAGAGCACAAGCAAAAACACAUGGAAGGCAGUGUCUACAUAUGCCACCAGUGCAACAGAAAAUUCACCUGGGAGCAAGCACUCGCAAGGCACUUAAAAACACACCCUGAUGAUCACACCGCUGACAAGCCCACAGAGAGCCAUAAAGAUGGACAAGAGGUUGUUAUUAGUGAUGAAAAUAUCAGUGAGGAUCCUGUUGAACUCACUGAACCUGACUCCCAGGUGCAAGCAGGUGAUAAUGGUGAUCAGGAUCUGGAAGACGCAGAUGUUCACAGCACCUGUGAGUCUGGAGGCCUGGUCCCUGAACUUAAUCAAGUCGUCUCUACGGUGAAAGUCCGCACAAGUGGGCGCAAACGCAAACCGACUAUGAAGAUUCAGGUGAUAAAUUUACAGAAGCGCAUGACCACGAGGAAAAGGAAGGUCAACCCUCCAGCCCUGAAGCCUUUGCCUUUCAGUUGUGCUGAGCACUCUUAUGGGUCACCCAUGGUCUCAUUGAAGGAUGGUGAUGAAAGUUCUGUAGCAGAUGUUUCAUCAGCUGCUUUCUCCUGUCCGAAGUGCUCCUUCCACCAUUCAGAAGAAGCACAGGUCCAGCAGCACAUAGACAGUGUUCACUCUGUUGAGACUGAGGAGGACAAGCCCUCUCCUCAGCCUCUCGCCGAUGAGGAAGGACGUUUUAAUUGUCCAGACUGUGAGAAGAGCUUCAAGUUCCAGUCUUUACUAAAGGCCCAUCAACGCAUCCACACAGGCGAGCAGCCCUUCCUGUGCUCUCAGUGCGGACGCCGUUUCUCCUUCAAACAGUCACUGGAGCGGCACAAGCAGACACACAAGUCGGGACGCAAGUACGAGUGCCUGAUCUGUGGAGAGUUCUUCAAGUCACUGGUGGCUCAGAGGGAGCACAAGAGCACCCACAUGGAGAACGGCGAGUACCUGUGCUCAGAGUGUGGCCGGGCAUUUGUCUGGAAGUCAGCACUGGUGAGGCACCUGAAGACCCACAGCGAGGAAACUGACAAGGUGGAGCGUUCUUACAAAUGUCCUCACUGUGACCUGGGCUUCAGCUGCGUCAGCUACCUCAACAGACACCUCCAGACUCACCAGGAAGAAAGAGUGCACACCUGCAACUGUGGAAAGAGCUUUGCCUACCGAGCGGCUCUCACUGCACACCAACGCAUCCAUCAGAAGGAGCGGCCACACACGUGCACACAGUGCGGCAAGGGAUUCCUCUACAAGGGUGGUUUGCUGAGCCACAUGAAGAUCCACUCAGAGGAGAUGCCCUUCAUGUGUUCCUUCUGUGGCAAGAGCUUCAAGAGAGAGCGCAACAUGAAGAAGCACGAGCGCUGCCACACCAGAGAAAACGUCUUCAGCUGCUCGCAGUGCGACAAGAGUUUUGUCUACAAGGCGACUCUGAUCAGACACGAGCUGACUCAUUCAGGCGAGAGGCCGUACCUCUGCUCAGACUGCGGGAAGGGUUUCUUUUCUCACGCCGAGCUCCUGAAGCACGAGCGUUUCCACACAGGCCACAAGCCCUUCCAAUGCCCCCACUGCGGCAAAAAAUUCACCCAGUCUUGCUACCUGACCAUCCACCUGCGCUACCACACGGGAGUCCGGACCUUACUCCUGCACUGAGUGUGACAAGAGCUUCCUCAGUGCCAACCGCCUUAAAAGACACCAGCGGACACAUUCGGGGGAAAAACCAUACCUCUGUGUAGAAUGUGGGAAGGGAUUCAGGCAGUCAUAUAAUCUCAAAAUGCAUCAGCGAACGCAUAUCAUGAAGUUAACAUAGCUAGGAAAGACUUGAAUUUAUUAAUCUGGAGAUAAAUAUUUUGUAAAUUGAAAUCGUAUGUGUUUAUAGUUUAUAGUUUAGACUGGGACAUAAGCAAUUGUAGCAGCAUUAUUUUGGCUCUCUCUCAUUUAACAGCUGUCAACUACAUUAGUAUAGAAACUGCUAGCAAGAACAGGUUCAUGUUGAAUGUCCCAUUUUUUCAUUACACUGAAUGCAUUUAAUUUCAUGAUUGUGUUGCGAUUAAAGCAGCACUGAGCAGAGGAUAAUGUGUUUUUAGAUGUGAUGUAACAUUAGUCUUAUUUGGUUCGAAAUCUUCAAAUAAUGAAUGGACGAAGGUUCUACAUAAAUUCAGUCUUUAUUGAGAAAUGGACUGCAUUUUACCACAGAAAAAAUGAACACUGGUUUGGAAAGGAGGCUUAGAACAUUUUGUGCUACAACAGAUACAUUUUCUCUUAACAGCAGUAGUUUAAUUUCAGUAA